UGUCACUGUAAGUGCUGUUAAGUCGGGCCAGAUCACAGUCUGGCACAGCGAUGAGGCCAAAGAAAUCAAUGCGCUGAAAUCCGGAGAGUUUUUUGUCACGCAUGAGACAAGACCCUCAGUCACCAAAUAUGAUUGCAACCGGAGGAAAGGAAAAUGACCUGCAGCUUUGGGACCUGAAUAAACCAGAAGAACCUAUAUUCAAAGCCAAGAAUAUAAAGCCAGAUAUGGUACAGCUAAGAGUUCCAGUGUGGGUGUCCGAUAUGACAUUCCUGAAGGAGCCAAACUGCAUUGCUCUUGCUACUCGGCAUUGUCAUGUUCGAAUGUACGACCACAAGAGGCAGAGGCGACCCGUUGUUAACUUUGAGUGGGGAAAAAUCUCCUUUCACUUCCAUCACAUCUGUGGCUGAUAAAAGCCAGGUGGUUGUUGGAACAGCGCAUGGCAGGAUGGGAUGCUUUGACCUGCGAAUGAACAAGCCAGAACAUCCUGUGCGAAUAUUCAAAAGCUUUGCAGGUGCAGUUCGAGAUAUCGUUGUUCACCCACACCUGCCGCUGGUCUUCUCAGUGGCCCUCGAUAGAUUCCUUCGAGUGCACCAUCUCGAGACCGGAAAACUCAUACAUAAGGAAUACUUGAAAUCGCGGUUAAACUGUGUGCUCGUCCGGGAUGACUUUGAGGAAGGCGACUUACUCCCGACCAGAGGAAAACCCAAGAGGAAGUGGAUGGAGAGAAAUAAAGAGAUCGAAGAGGAACUGGAAUACGAUUCAUCAGAGGAGUCCUGUGAAAAGAUUAGGAAGAUUGAGAUGAUGAAGUAUGGUA